GAAGAGGAAAGAAAACGUCAAGAAGAAAUGGAACGUCAGCGGCGGGAGAGACGUUAUAUCUUGCCUGAUGAACCAGCAAUCAUUGUACAUCCUAACUGGGCGGCAAAGAGUGGGAAGUUUGACUGUAGCAUUAUGUCUCUUAGCGUUCUUCUGGACUAUAGAUUAGAAGAUAAUAAAGAACAUUCCUUUGAGGUAUCAUUGUUUGCAGAACUCUUCAAUGAAAUGCUUCAGAGAGAUUUUGGUGUCAGAAUUUACAAAGCACUGAUUUCUCUCCCAGAGAGGGAGGACAAAAAAGACAAAAAAGGCAAAAAAGAUGAGAGAAAAGAAAAAAAAGAAGAAAAAGAUGAUGAAACAGAUGAUCCAAAACCUAAGAGGAGAAAAUCUGGAGAUGAUAAAGACAAAAAAGAAGAUAGAGAUGAAAAGAAGAGGGAAGAUAAAAGGAAAGACGAUUCUAAAGAUGAAGAAGAAACUGAAGAUGACAAUAAUCAAGAAGAAUAUGAUCCGAUGGAGGCAGAAGAUGCUGAAGACGAAGAUGAAGACCGGGAUGAAGAGGAAAUGAACAAACGUGAAGAUAGAAGAGAGGGAAAUAGGCAUUGUAAAGAGAGGUCGUCUAAAGAUAAAGAGAAAGACAAGACGCAGAUGGUAACUGUUAAUAGGGAUCUUCUGAUGGCUUUUGUUUAUUUUGAUCAAAGUCAUUGUGGAUAUCUUCUGGAGAAGGACAUGGAGGAGAUACUGUACACUCUUGGACUACACCUGUCACGUGCUCAGGUCAAGAAGUUACUUAAUAAAGUAGUGCUUAGAGAAUCUUGCUUUUACAGAAGACUAACAGAUACUUCUAAAGAUGAGGAAAACCAAGAAGAGUCUGAAGAGCUACAGGAAGAUAUGUUAGGAAACAGAUUACUGUUACCAUCGCCUACUAUAAAGCAAGAAUCAAAAGCCAUAGAAGAAAAUGUCGGCCUCAUUGUGUACAAUGGAGCUAUGGUGGAUGUUGGGAGCCUUUUACAGAAGCUGGAGAAGAGUGAAAGAGUGCGGGCAGAGAUAGAACAAAAGCUUCAAUUACUAGAAGAAAAAACAGAUGAGGAUGAAAAAACCAUACUACAACUGGAGAAUUCUAACAAAAGUCUAUCUACGGAGCUGAAAGAGGUGAAAAAGGACCUUGGCCAACUGCAAGAAAAUUUGAAGAUCUCGGAUGAUAAAAAUUUGCAAUUUGAGGGUCAGCUGAAUAAGACAAUCAAAAAUUUAGCUACUGUUAUGGAUGAAAUACAGAGUGUUCUUAAACAGGAUAUUGUGAAGAACGAAGAUAAAGAUCAGAAAUCCAAAGAAAACGGAGCAAACGUAUGAUAAAACUGCUGCUGUUUAGAAGAAUGGUGUUACAUAAUGUAAUAUAAAUCCUGAUACCAGAAUGUAUGGGAAGUGAUGCAUGUUUGAUUUUAGUAGUAUAAAUAUCUUAGUUCCAAAAGAUGUAUAAAGUUUUAUGAAUGUGAGUGUCUGCUUCUGAAGAUUGCUUGUAAUUCUUAGCAUUCAAUUUGAGACACUCCUCAAGUGAAAAUAAUUUUGCAUUGCAAAAUGUUUUAGGAUGAACUUUGUUAUAGUUUUAACCCUAAUAAAGUUCAUCAACGUAA